AACCAUGUCACCGGCACCACCGUACCCGCCCCCACCAUACCAGCCCCCACCCCCUCCCCCUCCAGCCAAGCCAUGUACCUGCAGAAAUUGCUGGAGAGCAGUGAGGCGGUCAAGGCCGGCAACUUCAGACGAGCCAUCCAGCUGUACACCGACGCCAUCGAGCUGGACCCCGAGAACCACAUCCUCUACACCAACAGGUCGGCCGCACACCUGAAGAACGGCCAGGUGGAUAAGUCUUUGGAGGACGCCAUCAAGGCCAGGACCAUCUGUCCGAAGUGGGGCAAGGCUUAUUUACGAGAGGGCGUGGCACUACAAGAACUUGGUCGUCAUGGAGAUGCUUUGGCGGCGUUUGCUUGUGGGCUGGGACAAGAACCCGGAAAUACCCAGCUAUUGGACGGGCUGGUGGAGGUUGCGCUCAACUCUCCACUUAAACCCAAGCUGGAACCAACCUUUGAGCAGCUUGAGAAGUUCGGACUCAGGUCCAGCCCGUUUGUUAUCAUCGCUGUGAUUGGUCAAGAGCUGGUGGCCGCUGGUCAUUUCAGUGCUGCUGUCACAAUACUAGAGGCCGCACUGAAGGUGGGAACAUGCAGCCUGAAGCUCAGAGGUUCUGUCUUCUCAGCGCUGAGCAGUGCAUUAUGGGGGCUGGGGAACCUGGACAAGGCCAUCUACCACAUGCAGCAAGACUUGGCUGUGGCCAAAAAUCUGGGAGAUCAUGAAGGAGAGUGUCGAGCCUACGGGAACCUCGGCUCCGCCUACUUCACCAAAGGCUACUACAAAGAAUCUCUGGCCAACCACAGAUUCCAGCUGGUGCUGGCCAUGAAGCUGAAGAACAGAACAGUGGCCUCUAAUGCUCUGGGCAGUCUGGGCCAUGUCUAUACUGCAAUAGGCGACUACCCUAAUGCGCUGGCCAGCCACAAGCAGUGUGUUCUGCUGCUGAAACAAUCGAGGGAAGUCUUGGCUGAGGCUAGAGAAAUCGGCAACGUUGGCGCUGUCUACCUGGCUAUGGGUAACUUUGAAAACGCUGUGGAAUGCCACCAGGAGCACCUGAAGAUUGCCCGCAGUGUCAAGUCCAACAUUGAAGAAGCUCGUGCUUACAGUAACCUCGGUAGUGCGUACCAUUAUAAGAGGGAUUACCACAGGGCUAUGAUGUUUCACAAGGAGGUGCUGAGGAUUGCUGAACAGAGUAAGGAUAAGAUGUUGGAAGCCAGAGCGUACGCGGGUCUGGGUCACGCUGCAAGGUGCAGCGGUGACGUCAUGGCGGCUAAGAUGUAUCAUGAGAAACAGCUGGACAAUGCGUUACAGACAAAAGAUAAAGUGGCCGAAGGUCGGGCGUGUUCGAACUUGGGGAUUAUCUUUCAUCAGCUUGAGGAGUACGAAGCUGCUUUAAAGCUUCAUAAGGUUCAUUUGAAGAUUGCGAAAGCUCUUCAGGAUAGGGCUAGCCAAGGUAGAGCAUACGGAAACAUCGGUAAUGCCUACAGUGCUUUAGGUAAACAUGAGCUGGCGGUUAAACAACAUAAACAAGAGUUGGAGAUCUCUUCAGAAGUAAAUGAUAAACAUUCUGAAGGCUCAACUCAUGGGAAUCUGGCUGUAGCGUAUCAGGCGUUAGGUAAGACAGAGAACGCUCUCCAUCAUUACCUGCUUCAUCUGAGCAUCUCACGAGAACUCAAAGACCUGCCCAGCGAGGCGAGAGCUUUGUGUAACCUGGGGAAUUUUCACUGCGCUAGGGGGAAUCACUCCAGCGCUGUGUCUUUUUACGAACAGUUCCUGGCCUUGUCGAAGGAGCUGAAUGAUUCUGAAGGGGAGAGUAAAGCCUGUUUCAACCUUGGGUAUGUUCAUUUUAAUUUAGGGAACUUUAACGAGGCUGUGAAGUAUUAUGAACAGGAUUUAGCUUUUGCCCGUGAUAGAAAGGACAGGUUAGCUCUAGCUAGAGCAUACUGCAAUAUCGGACUGGCGCAUAAGUCUUUGUUGAGAUUCGAUGAUGCCUUAGAGUGCCAGAAAAAAUGCCUGCGGUUGAUGGAUGCCUUAGAAAACACACCUGGAAAAUUACGUGCGCUGGGGAAUAUUGGGGACUUGAUGCUAAAGGUAGGUGACAUCACCGAGGCUAUCAAGAUAUACCAGCAACAGCUGAGUCUGGCUAAACAGUGCGACAGUCCAGAUUUGCUGGCUACUGCUUAUGGUGCUCUAGGAUCCGCUCAUCGUAUGUUAGGACAGUACGACAAAUCCCUGGGGUAUCAUACACAGGAACUGACAAUACGCCAGGAGAUAAACGAUCUCAGGGGUGAGUGUCGCGCACACGGGAAUGUGGGGAAUGUCCACAUGUCGCUCGGGAAUUUUCUCACAGCUUUUAAGUGUUACCAAGAGAUGCUGGAUAGAAGCAGGGAGCUCAAGGACCAUCGUCUCGAAGGCCAGGCUUGCGGGAACCUUGGCAUAACCCGCAUGAACAUGGGCCAGUACGAAGAAGCUAUUGGUCUUCUUGAAGAGCAGCUCGCCAUGUUGGAACAAAACUACGGGCCCACAACUCUUCAAGACAAAGGGAAAGCAUUCGGUAACCUUGGCGACUGUUACGAAGCUUUAGGAGACUACGAAGAAGCUGUGAAGUGGCAUGAACAGUUUUUGAUCAUAGCGCAACAGACAAGUUCACUAACUGAUCAAGACAGGGCGUACCGUGGUUUAGGCAAUGCUCAUAAAGCUAUCGGCAACCUACAGCAAGCGCUGGUCUGCUUUGAGAAAAGACUAUUCGUCGCGCAUCAGACGGAUAGUGCUGGAGCCAAGGCGUCGGCCUACGGAGAGCUGGGCUGCCUGCACAGUCUGCUGGGUAACCUAGAGCAGGCCAUCGCGUGCCUGGAGCACCAGCUCAGUCUGGCUCAGGAGAUGGGGGACAAGACCUGCCAGGGGGACGCCGCCUGCGGGCUGGGGGGCGUGUACCAGCAGAUGGGGGAGUACCACACGGCCUUGACCUACCACCAGAUGGAUUUGAAGAUUGCCGAGGAAACAAACAACACUGCAUGUCAAUGUCGAGCUUACGGCAACCUGGGUCUGUCCUACGAGUCUCUGGGCAACUUGGAAGAGUCCGUGAGACACCAGGAGCAGCACCUGAGUAUCGCUGCCCAGAUGAAUGAUGCUGUGGCCAAGACGCUGGCGUUUAGCAGUCUGGGACGCGUGCACCUAGCCUUGGCUCACUACACCCAAGCCGUCCAGUACCUGCAACAAGGUCUCAACAUCGCCGAGCAGCUCAAGAGGAGGGAGGAUGAGGCCAAGAUCCGGCACCGGCUCGGCCUUGCCCUCUGGGCAGCAGGUGACCUUGACCAGUGCCAGCUGCAGCUGCACAAGGCCGCUGACCUGUUUGAGAUGAUCCGCAGGGAGUCGCAGUGCAGCUCCGAGUACAGGCUGUCCUUGUUUGACCUGCAGACAGCCUGUUACCAAACCCUGCAGAGAGUUCUAGUGUCACUCAGCCGUCAUGACGAGGCCCUCGUCAUAGCAGAACGAGCCUGCACGCGGGCCUUCAUAGACCUUCUCCUGGAGCGCCAGGCCGGCUCGGCUGGGCUGUUUAACGGCACCACCAUGGACCUGACGCCAGUCUCCAUAGAGCAGAUCCUCAACACUGUCUCCAACCAGAGCAGCAUCGUCCUGUGUUUCUCCAUUGCUGCUGGGUACCUGUAUAGCUGGCUGCUCACACCUAAACAAGGAAUCAUAAAGUUCCAUUGCACCCGGCUGUGUGACCUAGAUUCUGAGAAUGAGGUCGUUGACACACAUUCGUUAAUUAGUGUGUCCGGCUUGUCACUACUUGACCAGUGUGUGGGUCAGGUCAGGGAGUGCAUGGGCAUUGAGAGCCAUAUCACAACAACAGCCACUGGACACAGGUCCAGUACCCUGAUGACAGGUCACGAGUACAGUGACACUGACAGCGAGGUGGACGACGUCUUCCAGCUGCAACUCGAGGAGCUUGGGGACAAGCUCAACGCUGACAGUGACCGGACCGGUUUUCUAGCCAUGCUGAACCGCAGCCAUACCCUCAACGCCAGCAGCUAUAGCCUGGGCAGUGUGCUCAGCACCGGAGCCGCUAGCUUGACCAGCAACCCACUGACCAGCUAUGGCGGCAGCAUGCGGAGUCUGGGACUGACCAGUCUGGGGAGUGGAAGUCUCCGAGGGUUAGGGAAAAAGUUGGGUCAAAGGUCAAAGUUUGCCAGUGGGAAGUCUCCGUUAGCGUUGUUGUAUCAAAUUUUGAUUGAACCCAUGGAGUCGAUGAUUUCUGAGAUAAAAGAAGCCGAGUCUCGGACAAGUGGGGCGGGGCACGGGACAUCUGACCCGGUUGACCUGGUUCUUGUCUUGCAAGGUGAUUUGUACCUGAUUCCAUUCCUGAUGCUCCGACGCGAGCAGGCGGAGAGUUUUUUGUUUGAGAAAUACACCACCCUGAUCGUACCUUCCAUCAGCGCAUUACAGAAUGCUCAGAGUGACAAUAAAGGUCGACCUCUUGUUCAUUCUUCUGGUGCAUUAGUUGUCGGCAACCCCAGGCUCACGCCAAUCAUCUGCAAACACUGGCACCUUCAUGAAAUUCCAGGUGCGGAAUUUGAAGCAAGAAUUCUAGGAGAACUGUUAACAUGUCGUCCAUUGAUCGGUUCAGAAGCAACAAAAGGCGCAAUCCUCCAUCAGAUCGAGCAGGUGGAGGUCAUCCAUUUUGCAGCCCACAUCUCCUGGAAGUUAUCCUCCGUAGUUCUUUCCCCUGGGGAGUUCCUCUCCAGUCCCAGUCAGCAUUUUCCUCUCAUGGACUCUGAUGACAGCGCCAGCGAUAUCGGCACCAUGGGAGGGCCCUCCUUGUCUGAAUAUCUCCUCACUGCUGCGGACAUACUUAACCUUAAACUCCGAGCUAAGCUUGUGGUUUUGAACUCCGGAUACACGGACGACCGCGCUGGACGGAUUAAUACCGACGGAGUUGUGGGACUUACACGAGCUCUUCUGUCAGCUGGGGCUCAAUGUGUUUUGUUCUCACUUUGGCCGGUGCCAGAUUCAGCGUCUAAGCUGUUGAUGAAAACUCUGUAUACGGCUCUUCUGGACGGGGUCAAGGUCACCAAAGCUUUAUCUCUGGCGGUGAAGACGGUGCAGACGACAGCUCAGUUCUCGCACCCGUCAAACUGGGGCGGGUGGGUGCUGGUUGGCUCGGAUAUAACCUUGAGUUCGAAGGUCGCUUUGAUGGGCCACGCCCUGGGUCAGAUUGUUGAGGCCCACAGCACGUGCAGACAGACCCUCAAAGUCUUACUCCACCUGGUAGAGAAAUCCCUCCAGAGGAUCCAGCAGGGCUGCAAGAACUCCAUGUUCACCACCCAGCAGAGCAUUGAGAACAAAGUGGGGCAGGUCAGCGGAUGGAAGGACUUCCUGCAAGCUGUAGGGUUUAGGUUUGAACCCUCCACUGGGGGUCUGCCCCCAGCAGUCUUCUUCCCACAAGCUGAUCCUAACGAGAGGCUGACCCAAGCUAGUGCCAGCCUGCAGGCCUUUUUAGGGUUACCCACCAGCUCUGUUAGUGCCAUGUCCAAGUUUGUCAGCAACUUUGAUGUAGGGGAGGCUCUUAUUCAUGUGAUGCGAGAUAUCUUGAGCAAAUUGUCAGCCAAGGAGUCUGGCAUUGACGUCAUGGUAGAUGUCAAGCUGUGGGGUGUGUCAGGCUGUCAUGAGUUUCUGGCUUCUCUUGGCCUAGAUCUUGUAGAUGUGGGCACCAACAAUGUGACCCUGAGGUUAAGCAAACAAGCAAUGAGAAGACAUCUACAAUUUGCUCUACAGGCUUUAGUGUCUGUUUUCGAUACCCAAGAUGCACCCCGCACCCUCCAUCUAGACACCUCUAGCAGUAUGGAGAGUCUCUCCUCUAACCAGUCAGCGCCAUCUUCCUCCACUUUCUCCAAAUCAUCAGCCACCCCACCCCUGUCUCCACAUGGCAGGAGUAAAAGGUCAUUGUUCAACCCCGCUGAGAUGGAAAAGGUGAAGAAUUUACACAGGAACUCUCUUAUGUUGCAGGGAAGCCUAACAGGGCGGCAUCUGGAUGGCUCAUAUUCCCUCUCAAGCACAUCAGAGCAGUCAACGCCCUCGGCCUCUCCCCGGUCACCCCAGUCCCCACAGCUGGACCCAGCGCUGCAGCUGUCCCACCAGGCCAGGAUCCGAACCAUGUACGGCCACCACAGCGCUGCCGGGGUCAUGACCUCGGAGUCAGGCAAGACCACGCCCGAGGUGGUGGAACUGAACCUCCAGGAGGUCGGGCUAAAUUUAGAUCUAACGGAAAGCAACAAAAUGAAACAAUCGGCCAGUGAUAAUUCUUUACAUGUUCGGAAAUCUUCGGCUUCGUUGUCAAGUUCUUUUUCUGAUCUUGAAGACAAGAGGAUGGAUAGAUCAAGAAUGUCCACAAUGUCUUUACAAUCUUUGAGCAGUCAUGGCAAAAACAGCAGCUUUCGGGAAGAAUUAGGUAGUAAAUCUGUCACAUUCGCUGAGAAGUUGAUUAGCCAGGAAAUUUCGUUUGACGCUGCAGACACCAGGUAUGACCCUGCCAGUUUGGAUUGUUUACCAACUCAGCCGUCUAAAAACAUGCAGCACAAAAUGUUAGACAUGGAAACAUCUGUGACUGAUUUUAGACAAAGCAAUACUGGGGUGGGUGAUGCUAAUUCCCAAAACUCAACCAAAACUGCUUUUCAACUUAGAGAGCAUUUUGAAAAACUGAACCAGCAGAAUAUCUCAAACGGAUUUAAUAAAUCUGGAAGUGGUUUACUAACCAGUGAUGUGGCGGAUAAAAAAAGGGUAAAUUCUAAUGAAAACAUUGCUCUGAAAGUCUUGGCAGACGUGUCAAGCCAAAGGACAGCAGUAGAAAGUAUGCAGAGGCAAAGUAUUAUACAAUCCCAAGAGGCCAAUCGUAAACUUCGUGAGGAGAGAGGUUUAGCUAAUUACCCAGUACCUGCUCAGAGAAAGCAUAUACCAGCCAGUUCACAAGUGAAGGAUAAUUCUCUUGCCAGUAUUUCUAAUGUGGAUUUAGAGCAACAUGUAAAUAGUUUAAAAAUAAAUAAUUCUAGUCAGAAGCUUCCAACAGGAAGUGAUGUCAUUUCCAGGUCGGGACUGUACAACACUGGGUUUAAUGGCGGCCAGCCGGAUGCGCCAGGAAAACAUUCCUACCCACUGCCUGCUUCAGGAAACCAACAGCUUCCACUUCCAAGGAAACAAGCCAAGCCUCAGCAGUCUGCGUACAAUGCUUUAUUCCCCCUGGGUGGGCCCAACAAGUCUCCAAGCCCAAGGAUAACCUUCAACCACUCCAGCAAACCAGUGACCUCCUCGCCCUCUAUCCUGCCGCGGCAUUUGACCUCCGCACAAAACGGCAGCGGUACAGGAGAAAACAGCAUCUCGUCGGAUCACAGCGAAGGCGCAGAGAGCAACCUUCAGUCCUCUGCAUCCAGCGGAUAUCACUCUGAAAAUAGUGGAUUACUAGGACAAGCACAAACAAUUCCCCCGCCUAGUCAUGUCAGUCAAGACAAAGGCUUGUACACACAGGAGUUUGUCAACAGAACUCCAUCGUUCACCUACUCCUCCGGAUCUUCUUCUCCUUUCAGCCGAGCCUCCAAUGAUGAAACAGGAACAGAUAAUGGACCGGACAGGCCGAAUAUUAAUCCCUUAUCAAAUGUUUUAUUCCCCAACCAAACUCCAAAACAAUCUUUAGCUGUUUCUUCCAGGUCUGUGAAUAUGAAAAAACACUCAAUGCACACUAACCAGUCCACAAAAAGUUUCCCCCAGCCGGCUGUGCCUCUGGUGAGAACAAACGCACUCCAAGCCCGCCCGGAGAGCAGCAACAGCAUGAGCAGCCAGUACUCCACAUCAUCCUCCACCCUCUCCACCAUCUACAGACCUCUGGGCAACCGGGACUCCCCCAAAUCUCGCGACCAAACCUCUCCCAUGUUACCCAGUGGUGCCCACUACACCAGUGUCCCCCCUCCUCCUUACAGCCACACUGGUUAUAAAACCAUCUCGCCUGUCUCACCUUCCUCACAUUCGUUCUACCCACCUCACAACCCCAGAGAAACCAGCUGCCAGAAAAAUCCUGAGCCUCACCUCCAUGCCAAACUCUCUAACCCAGCACCACUUGACUGUUACACCAGUUCACCAAAUGCUGUCAGAAGAUCACACGGCAGCGACCAGCAGUUUAAAACUAGCUCAGAAACCAAAAACUACUCCAUGUUGGACUCCAACUCUAACUGGGAUUUAGAAAACGGAGAUGAUUACAAAUCUAAACUGGCAGCGGCUCAAAGCAACAUGUACAACCCUAAAUCAAAGCUAGCAACAUCUGGGUAUGGGGACUCCAGAAGUUCAUUCCAAAGUUUUCAGUCUGGGUCAUACGGUCAAAACUUUAUCCCUAUGAAAACAUUCAGUUCUAAUUCAGCAGCAAAUGCUGGUGGAGUUAAGGAUAGGUUACAAAAUAAACUGGAGCAGGACUACCAUGACCCACGUGUUAAGGACCAACAUGGAUAUGUGAUACAUUCAUCAAAAUGCUAGUAUCGUUGUUUUUUUUUUUUUACGUUGUUGUAAUCACUUACAGAAAUACUGUGAGCAUUGUUGAGGUUGAUGCUUGUGUUCUGUAGAUGGUUUUGAUGAUAAUCGUGAUAUUAUUUAUUGCCAUAAUGCUGUUGUCAUUUUCCAUGUUCAUUUUUUUGAGUUAAAGGAUGAAAUAAUUUGUAAUGGCCAUACAGGAAUCUCAAUCUCUACUUUUUGGUAAACAGAAAAAAAAAAGUAUUUGCUGACGUCAUUAAUCUUGUUUUUAGCUUUUCAGAAUUUGUUUUAUCUAUUUUUUACAUACGUCUCAUGAUAAUAUGUUUUUGUAAGGAAUUAACUGGCUUAUUAAUGUGAUAGGAGGAUAGAAAUGUUUAAAAUGUAUUUAUAACAAUUGAUUUUGUUUAUUUAUAAAAAAAAAUGUGUUGGCAUUGCAUGAGAUUUAUAAAGGGUAAGAAAAAAUAUUCACAUUCCACAAUUUUAAAAUGUAAAUUGUUGGAUUUUUAAAGUGUUUUAUAUAGGUUUUCUUAAAAUUUUCUAUAGGUGAGAGAAUCAAAUGAUAUCAUUUAUACUUAAUGCUUCACAUAGCUUGCCCAGAAUCACAUCAGUCAAGUUUUAAGAUUAUUUACUGAAUUUAAGUUUUAAAUCAAAGUUUAAUGGAAAUUAAAAUAAUAGAUAACAAACUUAUCUUUAAAAUACUUCAUUUUAAAUGUUGUUGUUUUUUUUUUUUAAUUCUUGUAUAAUUUCAAAACAAUUUAACCCUGUUGUCAUAUAAAAGUAUCAAAAGAUAAGCAUUUAAUUAUCUCAUUUUUCUAAACAUCAACUUCACAGUUGUCAUUUUCUCUCUGUAGUGUCUUUAGAAUACAGUUUGAACAUUUAUUUUUAAUUCAGAUUUUCCCCAUUAAUUUACAGUAUACAACUUUUAAAAAUAAUAUCAUAAAAAUAGUUUCAAUUCAGAUAUACUUUAUAAAUCAUCUGUUUUAAGACAACACUAAUGGAUAUAAUUAUUGUACAUUGAACAUAUGUAUAAACUCGCAUAUAUAUAGGACUUUGAUAGUUCUUUUAAUUUAUCCUCUUCAAGAGCAAAUAGAGUUAUUAUUGUGUAGAAUGACCUUGACAUAUGUUUUUAUGUGUACUUAAAAACUUAUAUCAGGGAAGUACAUAGUUCAAAGCUUCAAUUAAGCAUGGAACAACCCAUGCAAACAAAGGACUUCAACAUUCCAAAUUUUAGAGUUAUUGUUAUCUUGUUACCUACAUGUAAAUAUCCCACUCAUUUAUCAAAUACAGGUGAGAUGUAUCUCACCUAGGCAUACAUUCCCAAUGAAACAUAAUUUUUGUACCAUUAAAUUGUACAUUAAAAAAGGAUACUGAGAGCUGGUUGUUAUAAUUCAAAAGAUAAUCAUCUUAAAAUUGUUUCACUUGUUUUUUUUACUGUUUAUACUUUUUGUUUUACGUUUAUGUUUCAAUGUGUUCUUUGUAGAAGGUUGUCCUUGUAGCCAUUCCAGAUAUUUUCUUAUCUUAGUUUUAAUUGAAGAUUUAAAAUAUACAUUUGUAUGGUUUGUUCUAUGAUUAAUAUACACAUGAAUUAAAGAGUGUAGUUCCACAUAAGGAAAAAUAUUUUUUUUUAAUUAAUUGGUUAGCAGAUUAUUUGAUAUAAUAUAUAGUUUAUUCUUCGGUAUCUGCAGUUUAAGUAUAAUAAAAAGGGGUUCAUAAAAAGGGGUACAUAUAAUUUAUUCCAUGCUAACAUUCCAGUUAUGAAGCUGUACAUGUAUACAAUAAUGUUACUUUAAUAAUGUAGUCAAGUUAAUUUAGAGGGUUUUGCAUGUACAAGCAACUUCCAAGAAUUGUCUUACUUUUCAAUAGAAGAGUUCUACCAUGUGUAUAAUAUAGGUCCAUGUAAUGUUUAUUUUGCUUGUUUACAUUUUUUAAAUAAUUUUUUAUAUUGAUUGCCAUAAAGAGAAGAAAAUAUUUUUUUAAAGAAAUUACUUUCAGACAGAAUUUUGUUUUUUAUUUGUCUAUUUUUUUAUAUGACAGAACCAAACAAAAAUAAAAUCAUUAACUUCAAAAUGCACCUACAUUUUUUAUACCUCAUGUUCUAUUUCUGGU